GAGACCCAACAUCUUCUCAGACUACAGCCUGUGUCCUGAACACUGCUCCAAGCACCGAGGCGUCAAGCUCUGCAAGCGGCAUGCUUGCCAGAGCGGCGGCUUGUGUCUCAAGCACGGUGAGGGCCAGCGGUUCUCGAUUCCUCAAUGCUCUAACACCGUGAAAUCCAAGCGGCUUUGCAAGAAACAUGGGGGCGGGCUGCGCUGCCAACUGGACGGCUGCAACAAGAGUUCACAGGGAAAGGGCUUUUGUAGGAACCACGGCGGCGGCCAACGCUGUGCCGUACCACAUUCCACCAAGGGGACUCAGCGAGGCCAUUACUGCAGUCGACAUGGCGGGUACCCAAAGUGCAUUGUCGACGGAUGCCUUCGAGAGAAUCGCGGCGGGGGGCGAUGUGCGAAACACCGAAACGAAACUCUCCCGAGUCCUCCUAAGUCGGAAGUUCUCGCGGAACUAGUCAGUCUGUAG